AUGUUUAUGUAUAAAAGACAUGAACAAGUGGAUUUUGCAUAAAAGGUGACCUUUAAAGGGUCUUUUUAGUUAUUUGGUUGAUUGCUCCGUCUGCUGUACAGUGUAUGGUGUUGUGAGGUCCUGAGACAUAACUGUUAUUCUGUGGCUACACAAAUGACAUGUUGCAACUAUUUUUAAUCUUUACAGAUACUGAAUCUCUUUAAGUUACUGUAAACUCCCCUCUUAUUUUUCAGUACGCAGCAGAAGCAGAAUAUGUAAACUGUGUGGUCGAGUUACAAACAUCCUGAGUCACAAAGAGAGCAGGAAGACGUUCAGUUCACUUUUACUGAAAGAAAAUGCUGUAUUGAUUUGCCUUAUAUGUUCCACAUUAAGAAGGAGUGGCUUACAGGAUUGCAGUGAGUGGUGUGAUGAAAAUAAAAACAGGAUAUUAGCACCGAGACGAAAUAUGGGUCCUUUUUUCUACAAGACUAAAUACUGUAGUACAUUUGUUGGACACCUUACAUUACUUCCUGAAUUGCACAUUUUGAAUCCUGAAUAUGGUGACCAACAUGUUGCUGCUAGUCCUGUUUGUUUCAGAUUUUCUCCCACAUCUUGUUGAAGGUGCUUGUGAGCACCUUCGCAUCACCACACCGAAGCAGAUGGAAGCACUGAGUGGAUCCUGUUUGCUGAUCCCGUGUAUCUUCAGCGCUGACCCAGAUGUGGGCUUCAACAGCUCACGAGAAAUCUUUGGAGUGUGGAUGAAAAAAGAGUCCACAUUUGACCAAAAACCAAAGAAUGUGAUUUUCCACAGUGAUGGGACAAUCAACAGAUAUCCAAUGAGUAUUACAGGAGACCUGAGACAGGGAAACUGCACCACUCUGUUUUCUACUUUGGAAGAAAUUCACACAAACAAAUACUUCUUCAGGAUUGAGAACAGCCCAUUUCUGGCAACAGCUCCAUGUGAUCCUCUUCAAAUAACAGUGAAAGAUUCUCCUCCGAGCCUCACCAUUGAGAUCCCAGGUGAUCUGAAGGAGGCGGAGUCUGUCACUGUAACCUGCUCAGCUCCAGCUCUCUGUCCACACUCCCCUCCUAAACUCACCUGGACUCUCCAACAAGACCCUCCCAACACAAUGGAGGAAAACCCAGAUCGGACCUUCACGACUAAGAUCCAGAAGACCCUCACUCUGACAGACCAACAUGAUGGAUUCAACAUCACCUGCUCUGCCAGCUAUCCUGUGAAUGAAGGGAAAGAUGUGAAGACAGCAGAGGAGACAAAGACUCUCCAUGUUUCAUAUGCUCCUAAGGACACCUCCGCCUCCGUCAGUCCGCCCUCAGGUUCGGUGUCAGCGGGCAGCUGGGUGGAGCUGAGCUGCUCCAGCAGAGCCCAGCCUCCCGUCAGCAGCUUCACCUGGUUCAAGGUGAGCCAAGAUGGAGACAUGAAGGUCUCACAGGGACAGAUUUACAGCUUUAAUGCCACAGAGGGAGGACGUUAUUACUGUGUGGCUACAAAUGCUCUUGGUAAAGAAACCUCACCAAAGAUCCAGCUGGCUAACGGAGGAGACAAACAGCUUCAUGGCUCUUCAUCAUGGGGGGGAGUUGUUGGGGGGAUCAUUGGGAUCAUGAUACUCAUCUGUUUUGCUGUUACUGUUUGGUGGUUGAAGUCCAAACACACAACUCAAGAACAGUCACAGCAGGGGGAGCAGAUCAGGGGAGAACAUGAGACACAAAUCAAUGAUACGCAGAUGCUAACAGCUGUCCAAGAAUCAGCUGCAGCAACAGAAACAGGAGAAGAAAUCCACUACGGAGAGAUCGACUUCUCCAAGCAGAGGAAUCAAAGUCCCCCUGUCUCAGAGCAGGACGGUGGACAGACGGAGGACCCGCUGUACGUUCAGGUCAAAGUGUCAGAGACAGCAAACAGACCAGAGGACCUCUACGCUCAAGUGAAGAAGAAAUGAAUGUAAAGACAUGUAUGUUUUUAGACAAAUAUUCAGGUUUUUUUAUUGCCACAAAAACCUUUUUGCUUCCUUGAAGUUUUUUCCAUAUGAACUUAAGCUUCUUUUAAAUGUUGAUAAAACCAAGGUAAUGCUU